UGUGACGGUGCUCUGGUGUGUGUGGGACCUUGUCGUUGGCGUGCCAGAGGAGGAGAGAGGAGGCAGAUAGAGAUGCGUAUCCUGUGUCACGAAGCGCAGGAGAUCCUACCUGAUGGCACCGCCAUGGUGCUCGCUGCCUUUGUCCAACGCUCUACGGUCAUGUCCGAGAACCGCAAAAGACCCCCUCACAAUCCAGAGAGCUAUGAUCCCCUCUUCAUGCACCCUGACCUGUCCUUUGGUACCCAUACCGGCAGCUGUGGCCACAUCAUGCACUCUCACUGCUGGCAGAGGUCUUUGAAUAUCAAUGAUGCAAACAGGGAGGAGAAAUAUAACAGAACGAAAGACCAACAAUCAGAAGCAGCAGAUCGCCAAGAUGGAUAUCUGGGGCGUCAGGAUGCCACCAAUGACUACGCCAUGCUACGCCAACAGGAGGAGGAGUCCAGGUACAAGGGGGAGUUUGUGUUCAGUACAGAGACCCAGCCCGGGACCGACAGGGUGACCUCAGAGCUCGAACCUGAGCUCCACGAGGUGGGCUCACCUGCCGAGUUCCAGCAAAGGGUCAGCGGGGAGGCACUAGCACCAGGCUUUGAUGUCCGAGUACCAGUCAAGUCUCAAGUCCCUAAGGUCCCAGCCAAGCCUCGCGUCCCUGAGGUCCAAAUCAAGCCUCGCACCGCCAAGCUCCGCUCGCGCCACAGUCCGCCGACACGCACCGCCAAGCUCCGCUCACGCCACAGUCCGCCGACACGGCCAGCCAAGCUCCGCCUAUGCCCAAGGUUCACAUAGUGACCUCAGAGCCUCAGCCUCCCCGUUCAGCUGAGGUCGUCGCUCAACCCGCCUGCUCCAUGGCAACUAGUGUUCCCCCCUUCUGCUUCGAGGAGACCCACGCUCCUCUCCCUGGCCGCACGGGGGACUUCUCUCGGCCUUCCAGUUCAGCUGGGGACGUCGCGCCGCUUUCAUGCUCUGCCAAGGAAAUAUCUCAGCCUCCCUGUGCCAUUGUAGAAGCCGCCCGGCCUCCUGAUUUUGCGGGGGACAUUUUCUCCAGGGAGCCAGGACCACCAGAUGGAGGACGUAUAAUUUUGGGCGCCCUUGGGGGAGGGUUCUGUCACGUAUCAGGAAGCUCUGGACUCCACUUCCCAUCAGCCACUGCACUGCACUACAUGUCACAUGACCACCUGCACCUGAUUCACGUUUUGGUUAAUGAGCACUCGUGUAUAUAUAGCCAUUGUCUGCACUGAUUCACUGUCUUUUGUUGUAUUAGACUGCCAUGUUACAUGUUUUGUUUCAUGCCACAGUAUUUUGCCUAGUUGUCGUAGUGUCUAUGUUUUGUUGUUUGUUCAUAUAAUAAAUGUUAUAUAUCUGUGA